AUGGGAAUGAACAGCGUAAACGCACUGGACUCCAAGGACACGCAGGCUCCUUUGGGGAUGGUGAUGUUGGUGGUAGUGACAUCGGGUAACUUGGUCAUAUUGGAACGCGCGCCGCCAACUUUGGUAGUGUUCACAGUCACUGCCGGGGACCUUGUUGUAGGCCUACGCCCAAUGUUUUGUGAGUAGACCUAAAACAGGAGAGCACAGGGGCGCGUCAAUGGCCACAAACUUCAAGUAUGAAAAACAAUUCAAGAAACUUGACAAAUCUCAAUCACUUUCGUCCGACAAAAUCCAAGAGGGCAAAAAACUAAUGUGUAAAGUUAGUAGCCCUAUGGCAAUAUGUUUAAGACUACAUUUUUAAGUGCAAUCACCUUGUGAGAGAGGCAGUUUCCCAUAGCCAAACUACAUUAGCCUAUGGAUCUUGAAGUAGGUCAACUUUAUUAGCGAUUCAGUAUAUGAAGGGAGGCAUUACUGUUUCACAUUGCACUCGUCUCAAAUUAAGGCAAGUUAGAGUUUUACACGUCAGACUGACAACACCCGAGGCCAAUUAUCUGCAUAUCGAUGAGAACCCGUUUCUGUAAACCAUAUGGAAUAGCCUAUGCUAUUACACCUGUUGAAAUGCCUAGUCCAUUCCCCAGAAUGUUGGGUAGGCCUAGUGUAAUUAAAUAAAGUGGGUUCAUUUUACAACUCAAACAUGGCAAAGAGUAUAUCAUUUCAGAAGAAAAGUUCUUACUUGUGAUGACAAAUGCAUGGCAAGGAGAAGGAAGCCAAUGUAGGCAAUCACCAUUUUAGUCAUUUUUUUGUUUUUUUCUCAGCCUCAAAUAGGUGAGGAGUGUAACUGUUCUGGCUAUUUUUCUCUCACGGUAAAUGAUUAGAGUACAAAUCCAGGGGAUUUUAUAUCCCCACCGAAUGUGACCUGAUCCUGCAGUGUGCGAAUGAUUUUGCCUUCGCACAAUGCAGCUGAUUCAAAUAACUAACUCAUUAGCAAGCGUUGAUUAUUUGAAUAUUUGAUUAUUUGAACCAAAAGGGGGGGGGGGGGGGGGGGGGAGCUUGGGAAACCCUGCCAUAAACCACACCAAGGAGACCUCUUCCUUUACAACAGUGUUGUCAAAUUCAUUCCAUGGAGGGCUUACUGUCCGCAGGUUUCAGUUUUUUCCCUUUCAAUUAAGACAUAGACAACCAGGUGAGGGGAGUUCCUUACUAAUUAGUGUAGCGACCUUAUUUCAUCAAUCAAGUACAAGGGAGGAGCGAAAACCCGCAGACACUCGGCCCCUACGUGGAAUGAGUUUGACACGUGCUUUACAGCAUCUUUGGGUUAUACUGUCAGCAAUUCAAAUAAUAGCCUUUGUGUUUUUAAUCACGGUAUUGUUUAGGCCUAUAGAUCACGGUUAGUGAUCACGGUUGUCCUCCCUGAACAUAAUGGGGACAUUUUCUACACUAGGCCUAUAGCUAUUAUGGAAUAUUCUGCUGAUAAACGGCAAAUAAAUGUUUUACACAAAAACAGGUCUUAUAGUGACCUCUUGUGGUAAAUAUAAACUAUUUACCACAAUGACAACUAAUUUGUCCCUUUACAGUUUCCGUAGUAGUUUUUUACAUCCAGUACUUCCGGAAAACAAGAAAAAACGAUCCAGUGCUGUAAGAGGUCGCAGUCAGAUCGAGGACAAUAUCACAACAAUAAACCAACCAAACGCUCUUUUUUUUGUUUAGAAUUUUGGUAGGUAGAAUAGUACGAAGUGCUUGCCUCUCCAUGCUGCUGUGCCGCAUUUCAGCAGUGAGCCAGAGCCUAGCGAGAUGGGGAACGAGUGUUCCGAGAGGCGCCCUACUCCACCCCGCACUCUCCUUCAACUCCAGCCGUUGUCGAAAUGUCAGCUCCACCGAAGGCAGUGUUCACCCUGCAGCCGCCCAGGGAGCGGGGCCGUACCGCGACAGUGUGUUGCUUCCCCGCACUGAAUUCCCCAUGAAACUAACCGGACAGAAACUCAUAGAUCGGGAGGUACAGAUACAACAGGUAAGAAGAGCGCUCUGGUCUAGCUAGCUAAUGUCAUACUAACAAGUUAGCUAUAUAGAUAGCUAGUUAGCUUACCAGUGAGCCACAUGUUUUGAAACAGGCGUGUGACCGAUUGCUAAGAAAUGUCAGAAAAACAAACAAUAGGUUAGCUAACUAGGCCUUUCUCCAUGAGACGGUGUCUGAAAUUCAACUAUGUGCCUGUGUUAUGACUUAAGACUAUAUUGAUUCUGUCUGUGUCUAGGAGUGUGGCUUUGCAGAGCUCUACUCAUGGCAGAGAGAGAGGAAGGCCAAGAAGGAAUACUGUCUCCACGAUGGCCCCCCAUACGCCAAUGGGGACCCACAUGUGGGACAUGCCCUCAAUAAGGUGUUGUUAUUUACUACGUUUACAUUUUAGUCAUUUAGCAGAGAAUCCAGCUGUACAAUAUUUCUCAACUGGACUUGAAACCAGAACAGAGAUUAAUCAGUACUAGCUCUCACUGGCAAAACAAGGCCUUAUCAUAAUGCUUCUUUGGUGUUGUGUGUUCCAGAUCCUCAAAGACAUCCAAAACCGCUUUGAGAUGCUGAGGGGGAAACAGGUCCACUAUGUCCCAGGCUGGGACUGCCACGGGCUGCCCAUCGAGCUGAAGGCACUGGGAGAGCUAGGAACCAGUGGACUGAGCCCUCUGCAGAUAAGACAGAAAGGUCAGUGGGGCAGGAAACAGACAGCUGAUACAUUACUGGUCGCUUAUUGUGGAUGGAUGGAACUGACUAGGUAUCAAACCCAGGUCGCCAGCGAGACCCAGCUAGGAUCAUGUUCGCCUAUUGAGCUGAAAGCGUAGGCUGUUAAAAGCGUAGGCAUUCGCUUUUGGAGCUUACACAAAUAUUCAGGUCUCACUGAAACACCAAAACAACUCUGCCUAUUGAUUGAAUAGAAUCUGAUAUAAUAUAACAUAAUAUAAUAUGCCAUUUAGCAGAUGCUUUUAUCCAAAGCGACUUACAGUCAUGUGUGCAUACAUUUUUGUGUAUGGUUGGUCCCCUGGAUCGAACCCACUACCCUGGCGUUACAAGCGCCGUGCUCUACCAGCUGAGCUACAGAGGACCACUGUGUAAGUAUGACACCAGAAAGUCAGCUGUGUGUGUCUGUUGAUAAACUCUGGUCCCUCUGCUCUCCUCUCCAGCUCGGGAGUUUGCGGAGGGGGCUAUCGCUCGUCAGCGCGCUGCCUUCCAGCGCUGGGGAGUGAUGGCGGACUGGGAUAAGUGCUACUACACCUUUGAUGGGACUUAUGAGGCAGCUCAGCUUAAUGUCUUCCAGGACAUGCACAGCAAGGUGGGAUAUAUUCUAUUCAAUUUGGGACAGCCUGCCUCUCCAGAAGAUCUUUCAGGAGCUAACUGUUUGUUCUUUUGUUGUAAUUUCUAGGGCCUGAUCUACCAGGACUACAAGCCAGUAUUCUGGUCUCCUUCCUCCAGGUAGGCAGCACUGAGUGUCUCCUGGAUAUAGUCUCUGCUACAUAGCUCUUCCACAUAUACAAGUAUGUGGACACCCCUUCAAAUUAGUGGAUUCAGUUAUUUCAGCCACAGUAGUUGCUGACAGGUGUAUAAAAUUGAGCACAUAGCCAUGCAAUCUCCAUAGACAAAGAUUGGCAGUAGAAUGGCCCGUACUGAAGGGCUCAGUGACUUUCAACGUGGCAUCUUUCCAACAAGUCAGUUUGUCAAAUUUCUGCCCUGCUAGAGCUUCCCCGGUCAACUGUAAGUGCUGUUAUUGUGAAGUCGAAACGUCUAGGAGCAACAACGGCUCAGCCGCGAAGUGGUAGUCCACACAAGCUCACAGAACGGGACUGCCAAGUGCUAAAGUGCAUAGUGCGUAAAAAUUGUCUGUCCUCGGUUGCAACACUCACUACCGUGUUCCAAACUGCUUCUGGAAGCAACGUCAGCACAAGAACUGUUCGUUGGGAGCUACAUGAAAUUAAGUUUCCAUGGCCGAUUAGCUGCACACAAGCCUAAGAGGUUUAUGUUUAAUUUAUUUGCACCAAAGAAAACAAGUUAUAGACAACAAUACAGAUAAAAACAACUUUUUUUUUGAACGGGUGUGGUUGGAAGCCCAGGGGCUGAUAUGAAAACCACACCACAAAAAAUCAAUAUACAAUACAUAAGUACAAAAAUAAAAAAGGUUUGUUUUGCAGAUAACAAAACCUACUGUUUAGAAAUGAUUUGAUUAGUAAUCAUGAUCACCAUGCGCAAUACAAAGCGUCGGCUGGAGUGGUGUAAAGUUCGCCGCCAUUGGACUCUGGAGCAGUGGAAAAUCGUUCUCUGGAGUGAUUAAUCAUGCUUCACCAUCUGGCAGUCCGACGGACGAAUCUGGGUUUGGCGGAUGCCAAGGGAAUGCUACCUGCCCCAAUGCAUAGUGCCAACUGUAAAGUUUGGUGGAGGAGGAAUAAUGGUCUGGGGCUGUUGUUCAUGGUUCGGGCUAGGCCCCUUAAUUCCAGUGAAGGGAAAUCUUAACGCUACAGCAUACAAUGACAUUCUAGACGAUUCUGUGUUUCCAACUUUGUGGCAACAGUUUGGGGAAGGCCAUUUCUGUUUCAGCAUGAUAAUGCCCCUGUGCACAAAGCGAGGUCCAUACAGAAAUGGUUUGUUGAGAUCAGUGUGGAAGAACUUGACUUGCCUGCACAGAGCCCUGACCUCAAUCCGAUCGAACACCUUUGGGAUGAAUUGGAACGCCGACUGCGAGCCAGGCCUAAUCGCCCUACAUCAGCGCCCGACCUCACUAAUGCUCUUGUGGCUGAAUGGAAGCAAGUCCCCGCAGCAAUGUUCCAAUAUCUAGUGGAAAGCCUUACAUUUUUACAUUUUAGUCAUUUAGCAGACGCUCUUAUCCAGAGCGACUUACAGGAGCAAUUAGUCGGCUCGGGGAUUAGAACCAGCGACCUUUCGGUUACUGGCACAACGCUCUUAACCACUAAACUACCUGCCGUCCCAGAAGAGUGGAGGCUGUUAUAGCAGCAAAGGGGGGGGGGACCAACUCCAUAUUAAUGCCCAUGAUUUUGGAAUGAUAUGUUCGAUGAGCAGGUGUCCACGUACUUUUAGUGUAUCUCUGCUGCAUAUCUCCGCCCUCACCCCUCCUUUCAUUGUCCUCCUCCUCACCUCUAAUUCUUCCCCUCUCUCUCUCUCCCCAGGACUGCUCUUGCGGAGGCAGAGUUAGAGUAUAACCCACAGCACGUGAGCAAGGCAAUCUACACCACCUUCACCCUGGUCACCCUGCCGCCUAAGAUGGCGGAAGCUGUAGGGGAGUUGGGCAGCAUUUCUGUUUUGGUGUGGACCACCCAACCAUGGACCAUCCCAGCCAACCAGGCUGUCUGCUUUAUGCCCAAUGCCCAGUAAGUGGCACUGUUAACAGACAACCCCCACACACAUACCUGCACCUUCAGUGCCAUACGAUACAUCUCCCAUCUUUUGUAAAUGUGUUAUAAUAUCUCACCCACAGGUACUCAGUAGUGAAGAGGGCAGACAGCUCACAGCUCCUCCUAGUGGCCACUGAGCGCGUUUCCAGCCUGACAACUCUGCUGAGCACAGAGCUGGAGAGUGUGGGCACCUUCACAGGUAAACUGGACACACACACACUCAGACAGACACAUUGUCUUGUCACCUGUCAUUCUGUCACGUUCUCUUCCCAUCCCCACCUCCAGGUGCAGAACUUGAGGGAGGAGUCUGCCAGCAUCCCACCAUUCCCAGGAAGGAGGUUCCAUUGCUUCCAGCUAAUUUUGUGACCAUGGGCAAAGGAACGGGAUUGGUCCACACAGCUCCUGCCCAUGGGAUGGAGGACUACAGUGUGGCCUCGCACUUUAAACUGUCAGUGGUGCGUUCCUUUAGUUGACUAAUAUAUCAAUUGUGAUUGACAGAACAGUAUGAGUUCACCAACUUGGAUGCCAGUCUGUUUCUGAUAAGCCAACUUCAGAAACAUUCUGGCUUCCAGGCUAAAAGUUUGUAAGUCUUUAUGAACUUCCAAUGACAUUUGUUCUAGAGAUGGGCACGGUUUGUAUUUCUAUUUAUCAAGGAUCCCCAUUAGCAGCUACUCAUCCUGGGGUCCAAUCUCUUCCUGGGGUUAAUCGUAUGCUAUUUUCCCCACUUUAAAUAGCAAUUACAGGCGCUCAUCUAAGAGUUUCCACAAUACCUGACACAGAUCAAUACAAAACACUCACCAGAAAGAACUGAUUGUUACAAAAAGGUUAUCUUAGCGAAAAUCAGACUUCUCUUUCACUGUUGCUGUUUGCCAAACUACCGAAGAAAAGCAGCAUGUCUGCUGUUUACCUCUGCCGUGUACAUUUGUGUCGUUCUGAUUGGUCGAGAGUCAGUAGCAUUUUUUGUGUGUAAUUCUUUAAAUAAAAAUGAUAAUUUCGACUAUCCGUAUAUCUAAAUGUCAUGAUUAUUAUUUGAAUAGUAAAAUCAUUUCAAAUACCCAUCCCUAAUUUGUACGGCUGUGUGUGGUUGCUCUGUUCUAGGAGUGUAUCGUGGAUGAGGAAGGCCGGUUCACUGAGCUGGCUGGGCCUGAGCUACAGAGUCAGUCUGUGAUGGGGGAGGGCAACGAUACAGGUAGGAAGAAACUGUGUGUGAGCGACAGGGAGGAGAAUGCUUAACUUAUAUUGUCUAGUUCAACUUCUUGCUCUCUUUGUACAAGCUUUUGUGUGUUUUCUGUGCAUGUCAGUGAUCUCCAUGCUGAAGGCGGUCGGUUCUCUAGUGAAGGAGGAGGAGUGUGUCCACAGUUACCCGUACGACUGGAGGAGUAAAGAGCCUGUAGUCAUCAGACCCAGCAAACAGUGGUUCAUUAACAUCGCCAGCCUCAAAGACAAGGCCAAGGUAGGAAUCACACACUGAGGAUCACUCUUACAAACAGUCAAUGAUUCUCAGUUCUCACUGCGAUACAUUGAAAAUGAUUCUUUCAAACAGGUGAUGAUUCUAAAUCUCAAACACUUAGAAAAGGUCCCACUCAAUAAGACUUCCUCUAGUCUAGAGCAGGGAUCAACUAGAUUCAGCUGCCGGAUAUAUUUUUAUUUUCUUUAGCGGAUAGUCAGGGGGUUGGAUUACAAAUCAUUUGUAGACUGCAAGAAGCCCAAACAAAUAUAAUAUUUGACUAAAACAUUGAUUCGAUUUCUGCUCAGAAAACUUGGGGAGCCAAAUAAAAUCAGUUGGGGAACCCUGCUCUAGAGGAUUAAGAAACUCUUUCUGACUGUGUGUGUAGGAAGUGCUGGCUAAGGUGCGUGUGAUCCCAGAGUCGGCGAGGGGCAGUCUGUUGGCCCACCUGGACAGAAGACCGUACUGGUGUAUCUCACGCCAGAGGAGCUGGGGUGUGCCUAUACCUGUGUUCUACCACAAGGAGACAGGAGAGCCUCUCAUUAACAAGUAAUUACACACACAAACAUUCACACACACACACACACAACACCACCCAGCUCUGACCCCUGCACUCUCCCCCUACAGGCACACUGUAUCCCAUGUGGCCCAGCUCUUCUCAGAGAAGGGCAGUGACUGCUGGUGGGAGCUGCCCCUGGAAUCUCUACUGCCCCCAGAGGUGCUCAAGAAGGUGAGUCACUGCUACUUUCACUCGCAAGUCAUUGAAUAUGGUUGUAUGAUUAAGAGAUGAUUUUAGCACCUUGCGUGUGAAGGUUAACGUGUGUGUGUGUGUGUCAGAGUAAAGCAGGAGAGGUAACCGACUACGAGCGUGGAGAAGAUGUGUUGGACAUCUGGUUUGACAGUGGAACCUCCUGGGCUGCUGUUCUUGAAGGUGAGGCUCAGUGUUAGCUAACCUGGCAAAGCUACAUACUACUGCUGCCAAGUAUUCUUACACUAACGAUUACACUUGUGUUCUCUUAGAAUUCAAGGCUGUGUCUGAAGGUAGUCUUCUUAGCUAGGCCUAGCUAAAUCACAAUUUGCUAAGUGCCUACCUAUGCUCACACAGCCAGUAAUGCUAAGUGUCCUUACUGCACUAAGCAGUUAAUGAAUACUGUACAAACUGCCUGGUAAUGCUAUCUCUCUCUGGCACAUGGCUUAUCGUGAAUUGCUUAUGCAUUAGCAAUUACUUCUAUCUCUUAUGAAGCGUGUCUAGUCCUCUUACAUCAGCAAUUAGCUUCAUCCCCCUCUGGACACACUGUGAAACCUCCUUACAUAAGUGUUUUAUAGUCAGAUAAUGAAGACUUGAAUCUGUUUGAAUAUUGUUCCUGUUGUGUCAUUUGGCAAGACAGACAUCCAACAUACAGACACAUGUAAACCACAUCAUUUCCCAAGGUUUAUCCAUGUUGUCCAUGUGAGUGGUUGUGUUGUGUUUUCAGAGAUGAAGAAGGAGAGUGACACUGACUCUGAGUCACGGCUCAGCUGGCUCCCUACCUCCCUACGCAGACCCCUGGUGCCAGGUUAAUAACCCAACCCCCCCCAGACCCCUCCUCUACUCAUCCCUCCAGACCCCUGGUGCCAGGUUAAUAACCCAACCCCCCCAGACCCCUCCUCUACUCAUCCCCCCAGACCCCUCCUAUAACCCCCCAACCCCCCACCAGACCCCUCCUCUACACCCCCAGACCCCUCCCUAUCCCCCCAGACCCUCCUCUACACCCCCCCGACCCCCUCUACACCCCCCCCAGACCCCUCCUCUACACCCCCAACACCCCCCGACCCCUCCUUACUACACACCCCCCCAGACCCUCCUCUACACCCCCCCCCGACCCCUCCUCUACACCCCCCCACCCUCCUCUACACCCCCCCGACCCCUCCUCUACACCCCCCCGACCCCUCCUCUACACCCCCCGACCCCUCCUCUCACCCCCCCCCAGACCCUCCUCUACCACCCCCCAGACCCCUCCUCUACACCCCCCAGACCCCUCCUCUACACCCCCCAGACCCCUCUACACCCCCCCAACCCUCCUCUACCCCCCCAGACCCCCUCUACUACACCCCCCCAACCCCUCCUCUACACCCCCCCAGACCCCUCCUCUACACACCCCCCCAGACCCCUCCUCUACACCCCCCCCAGACCCCUCCUCUACACCCCCCCAGACCCCUCCUCUACCCCCCACCCCUCCCACCCCCCCAGACCCCUCCUCUACAACCCCCCCAGACCCCUCCUCUACACACCCCCCCAGACCCCUCCUCUACACACCCCCCCAGACCCCUCCUCUACACCCCCCCCAGACCCCUCCUCUACACCCCCCCAGACCCCUCCUCUACACCCCCCCCAACCCCUCCUCUACACCCCCCCAGACCCCUCCUCUACACCCCCCCCCCCCCACACACCACCCUCUACACCCCCCCAGACCCCUCCUCUACACCCCCCCCAGACCCCUCCUCUACCCCCCCGACCCUCCUCUACACCCACCCCCCAGACCCCUCCUCUACUCACCCCCCCAGACCCCUCCUCUACCACCCCCCAGACCCCUCCUCUACACCCCCCCCAGACCCCUCCUCUACACACCCCCCCAGACCACUCCUCUACAACAACCCCCCAGGACCCUCCUAUACACACCCCCCAGACCCCUCCUCUACAACCCCCCCCAGACCCUCCUCUACACCCCCCAGACCAAUCCUCUACCACCCCCAGACCCCUCCUCUACACACCCCCCAGACCCCUCCUCUACACACCCCGCCCCCAGAACCCCCUCCUCUACACACCCGACCCCCAGACCCCUCCUCUACUCACGCCCCCACCCUCCUCCUCACGCCCCCAGACCCCCUCCUCUACUCACGCCCCCAGACCCCUCCUCUUACUCACGCCCCCAAGACCCCUCCUCUACUUCACCCGACCCCCAGACCCCUCCUCUACCAACCGCCACAAUGACCCACUCCUCUACUUACCCCCCAGGACCCGCUCCUCUACUUCACGCCCCCAGACCCCUCCUCUACUCACGCCCCCAGGACCCCUCCUCUACUCACAGCCCCCAGAACCCCUCCUCUACUCACGCCCCCCAGACCCCCCUCCCUCUACUCACGCCCCCCCAGACCCCUCCUCUACUCACGACCCCCCAGACCCCUCCUCUACUCACGCCCCCCCGACCCCUCCUCUACUCACGCCCCCCGACCCCUCCUCUACUCACCGCCCCCCCGACCCCUCCUCUACUCACCCCCCCAGACCCCUCCUCUACUCACCCUCCCCGCACCCCUCCUCUACUCACGCCCCCAACCCCUCCUCUACUCACUCCAACCCCCAACCCCCUCCUCUACUCCACGCCCCCAGACCCCUCCUCUACCACCCCCCAACCCCUCCUCUACACACCCCCCCAGACCCCUCCUCUACACACACCCCCCCCAGACCCCUCCUCUCCCAAAACCCUCCCCCAUACCCCUCCUCUACACACCCCCCCCCCAGACCCCUCCUCUAAAACACCCCCCCAGACCCCUCCUCUACACACCCGCCCCAACCCCUCCUCCUCCUCACCCCCAACCCCUCCUCUACACCCCCCCCAGACCCCUCCUCUACAACCCCCCCCAGACCCCUCCUCUACACCCCCCCCCUAACCCCUCCUCUACACACCCGCCCCCAGACCCCUCCUCUACUCACACCCCCCCAGACCCCCUCCUCUACUCACGCCCCCAGACCCCUCCUCUACUCACGCCCCCCAGACCCAUUUUCCCCCAGACCCCUCUCUACUCACGCCCCCCAACCCCUCCUCUACUCACGCCCCAGACCCCUCCUCUACUCACGCCCCAGACCCCUCCUCUACUCACGCCCCCAGACCCCUCCUCUACUCACGCCCCCAGACCCCUCCUCUACUCACGCCCCCAGACCCCUCCUCUACUCACGCCCCCAGACCCCUCCUCUACUCAUCCCUCUUUUACUGCCUCCAUCUCCUCUCUCUAUUUCCUUUUUUCUAUUUAUCUUUCUUUUUGACUCUCUCUCUCUGACUCUCUCUCUGACUCUCUCUCUCUCUCUGACUCUCUCUCUCUCUGACUCUCUCUCUCUCUGACUCUCUCUCUCUCUCUGACUCUCUCUCUCUCUGACUCUCUCUCUGUCUGACUCUACCGCUCUCUUUCCCUUCUCCUCAGUAUGUUUGACUCUGAGCACCUUGUCUGGGAGCUGAGCACCUUAAGGAUUGGUUCUCUUUCAGGAUUCACUCCCUAACUGCACUCUUUCUGUCUAGUCAGCAGUCUGUCUCUCUUUGGCAGCAAGGGAGGAUGUCCCCCUGAAAGCCUGGUGUCUGUACCUGUGCUACUGUCUAAGGCAGGAGCACUACAGUAUCCAAGCCUCUCUCUAACCUCUACAGUACCCUGUGGCUUUGGAAAGCUGCCUCGCCAUUUAACGUUUCUGUACUGUCUCUCUGAAGGCUGGCCAAGGUGGAAUGUCUGUCGCUACUGCUUUAAUAUGCCAUUUAGCAGACGCUUUUAUCCAAAGCGACUUACAGUCAUGCGUGCAUACAUUUUUUUUUGUGUAUGGGUGGUCCCGGGGAUCGAACCCACUACCUUGGCGUUACAAGCGCCGUGCUCUACCAGCUGAGCUACAGAGGACUUUCACACAGGGCAUUGGUCAAGGCAUGGUUGCACAAUCUUGGUAUACUUGUCAUGCAUUGUCUCAAUGUCCUCACUAACAGUGGCUGUGGUCUCUGUCGCUCUAGACUUUUCCUACCUCUGUGGACAAAGUCAGUGAAGUUCCCCUGAUACUAACCAUCUGUCUUUCCUCUCUUUUUGCAUGAAUUGGUUAAGAACAAAACACUGCAAAGAACUAAACAUAUUUUUCCACUCGCUCUCUAUCGCUCGCUCUCGAUCUCUCUGAGUCAGACUUGAGGGCUGAUGUGUAUGUGGAGGGGAAGGACCAGAUAGGAGGUUGGUUCCAGUCCUCUCUGCUCACCAGUGUCGCCGUGCAGAAAAAGGCACCCUACAAGUCAGUAAAAUACUUUUCUAUCUAAGUGUUUUCUGUAAAUGUGUCCGUAAGAAAGCCAGAGAAGAAAAUGUGUAUUCAUGACUUUCUCUCUCAUUCUUUCUCUCUCAGGGCUCUGAUGAUACAUGACUUUGUGAUCAGUGAGAAAGGAGAGAAGAUGUCUAAGUCUUUAGGCAACGUAGUAGACCCCGAUACAGUCAUCCAUGGGGGGAAGGUGAGAGGCUGUGGAUGAGACCCACCCUUACUGGAGAAACACAUAAGUGUUAGUCCUUAAAGGCUUUCACCCUACCCCUCUCAUCUCCUAUAUCUUUCCCUCUCUUUCUCCCAGGACCCCAGUGUGUCUCCUGCCUAUGGAGUGGAUGUGUUGCGUUGGUGGGUGGCAGAGUCCAACGUCUUCUCUGAGGUCCAGAUCGGCCCCAACGUGCUCAACUCAGCCAGAGACAGCAUCAAUAAGGUGAGUCUCUCAUGGUGUCUACUAUCUAUGGGUCUGUCAGUCUGUCUGAAAAAUGUCUAUCUGUGUGAAAGUCUCUCAUUACCUGCUUGUCCACACUGGCACUGCUGUAAUAACUUCUCCUUUUGUCUUUCUAGUUGAGGAAUACCCUGAAGUUCUUGCUGGGGAAUCUGCAGGGUUUUGACCCUCGUACUCAGGCAGUGGACCCUAAAGAAAUGCACUACAUCGACCAGUACCUACUGCACCUUCUACGGGACUACAGUAUGAAGAUGACAGAUGCCUACAAUGAUUUUGGUGCGGGCAGGGCCAUCCGCCUACUCCAAGCCUUCAUCACCAGAGACCUCUCCAGGUUCUACUUCAGCAUCAUCAAGGACAGGUACGGAUACUCUUGCUAAAUACUACUACUAUUGUUAUUACAUUGUCUACUACUCCUCUAUUACACUUACGACAACACUACAACUACUACACUGUCAUUACUACUAUAUGGCACUAUUAAUAGUCUGUUACGACUACUCUCUCGCUCUCUCCCUCUCCCAGGCUGUACUGUGAUCCUGAGGACUCGUUGGGUCGGCGGUCCUGUCAGACGGUUCUAGAGGAGAUUCUGGACGGAGUGACGCGCUCCAUCGCUCCUAUCCUACCUCACCUGGCCGAGGAGGUCUACUUACACGCCCCAGGACAUAACGGUACGGCCGUGUGUGUGCGUGCACCUGUCUGAGUGUGUGUAUCAGUCUCAAUGACUCUGAAAGUCUCUGUAUCUUCAGAGGGGGAGACCCUGUUCAGGAGUGGCUGGAUUAAGAGCAGUCCUGUGUGGCGUAGGCCGGGAUUGGAGGAAGCCGUGGAGGGGGCAUGCGCUAUCAGGGAUUCCUUCCUGUCCUCUAUCCCAGGACGCAACGCAGCUGAGUAUGAGCUGACCAUAGAGAUUGAGCCUGGCCUACUGUUUGAACUCAUUGAGGUAAGGGGGCAGAAUGCACUCUGAUGUCCUCCACAUGUAUGGAAGUGACACUUUCAGGUCUCAGGAAGGCGACGCCAAGUUGGCUACCACUAACUGUACCUAUCUAAUCUCUCGCUUUCUCAGUCCCUCCAAGAUGAACCUACUUCCUCUUACUCCCAGCUAACAGAGCUGAUGAUGUCAUCGCGGACCACCCUGACCAGCGCCCUGCCCAGAGAUAUACCUGCCGAUGCCCUCAUCAGCAAGGGCAGUUUCCUCAUCAACCUUGAAGGUGAGUCCCAGCUAAGCUAACGCUAGCACAUUUACAACGCUGUAGUAGCUGAAUCCAAAAUGAAUCCAAAAUGAAACUUGGGGUUCUAUACAAUCAUAUCCGCUUUAGCUGACAUCUACAAAGCGGUUGUUUUGGCAGUGUAGGAGGUAGAACUGCGUUAGAGCUGUCAAAUCCACAAGCAGCUCCUGGCAUUAUACAUAAAGCGGACGUUGCCAUUGGCUGCACAAUCGCAUGAAGAGAAAUCCCAUGCGGCCUUGUUUACAAGUUCGAACACUGGAAUGUGAGAUGUAAUCCACCUCUGUUAGGCUGAUAGAAAUCCUCAUUAUUUAGUUUAAUGAUUUGUUUUAUUUUAGCGUCAUUAUUUCUAUAUAGCCUACACUUUCUCGUUCAGAACUUCUAAGGCAAGUGGGAUGGGUGUGGCUUCGUGACAAUGAUCAAGAUCAGCUGCUCACCGAUUUGACAGCUCCAACGCAGUUAAGCCAAUUUAUGCUUGCUCUGGCAAUGCGAUCCGGAGGCUCCGUAAGGAGGGUUUGACGCAGUUGCGUUAGGUGGGGGCAGGAGGUCCUGUAUAAUGUAGGCUUACCAGAGUGGCAUACCAUCAAAAACAAUGGAGAAAAUGCAUCCCAUAACAUUUUAACAUGGAAAUAGCUGUUCUAUCAUUCAGCCUACAGUAGCAGCCAAUGUGUGGUGUUCAAUGUAGGCCUACAUUCCAUGAGAAAAGAAAAAACCAUGCAGGGCUUGACACUAACCUGUUUAUCCACUUGUCCUUCAGACAAGGAGGUGACUGAAAAAUGUUGUUUGAUGCAAGAAACCACUUUACUAAAUAAAAUGCAUUAUUGUUCCCAUACCAUUAUUACAGAGAAUCAGACAAAUUAUGCUUCCCUCUGCCUAUUGGCUACUUAGCUUAUAAAACCCUGUCUCAAAAUACAACACUGCCCCUUUAAGACAAAAAAUAUAUAUACUUGCUUUUCAAAGAUGUCUAGAAACGUGUACGUUUUGUGCUCUUGUAGGAAGCAAUCAGUCCCCUAUUGCUGACUACAAAUGAUAUAUAACUGGGCUAAUAACUCACUAACUAGCAAAGGAUAUGAACAAAAUGUUCACGUGGCUUCGUGCAGCUCUCGCUUUGAUCUCAAAACAAGCGCAUCCACUCACGACUGCUCAUGCUAUAAACACAGUCCAGUUCAAAGUAAAUGGCCCAGAUCCAUAUAUUGCAAUGGUCUAUUUGCAUAUAGGCCUACUGCAGCUCUGAUUGUUUAUGCCGCACCGGUCAGUGUAGAGUACGGGCUGAGUAGUGCGUGUCAAUGCAAUAGAAUCCUACCCUGACGCGUUCUGCAUACAACAAAAUAUCUUGCAUAGUUCGUUUUCUUUCGGUAUGUUGCAUUGAAAGUGGCUAAUAUUGCAUUGAUUGGAUCACAAUUGCCAAAGUAAAGGGAAACGUUGAUAGUGUUAACAGGGAAAACUCUAGAACAGUGGUCACCAACCUUUUCUGUGUCAAGAUCACUUUGAGUCAAAAUGCAAGCCGAGAUCUACCGCUCAGAUUUUUUUUUUUAACAAAACGUAAGUCUAUGCAACAUUAAAAACAGGGCUCUAGGCUAUAGGCCCAAUACAUUAUCACCGCAUAUUGGCUUUGCUUGAAUUGCCCUGCCAAUGCAUUGUUGUUCGGGACUUUUUUAUUUAUUUGAUCACACCGGUAAUAGAUCUGUUGUUGUAUUACUUGUGAAGCACAGCUGAGUGAGCAUACAUUUAAAUAAUUUGCUUUUUAUUUUACUGGGCUGAUGGUGCCUGCAGCUGAUGGUCAGUCUCAGCGGAGGAAGAGCGCAGCAGACUUAGGGUCCACCUCUCAACAUCCCUCCACUCUCCCUUUCCUCCACUGACACUGACCAAAAAGGGACACCGUCUUCCAGAUGAUGGCGAAACUCGAGUCACACCACAUUAUUUUUGCCUCUUGCACAAAUUAAUGUUGUUACUCCUAUGAACAGAGAAAGUGAAAUAUUCCCCGAUAUUAAAGAAGACCCAAGCCGCUAAUAAUAACAACGCAAGCCUAUAGAUACACUUUCCUACUCAUUCAGUACUACUGCAGUGCUUGUUGUAGCGCUGAGUGGAAAUGGGAAGACUGUGUGCAUUUUAUGGCUUAUAAAAGUGUUGAAUACAAAGUGUUUACAGUGCUGAGUAAGAACUUAAACAUGAACUCAUUCAUAAAAACAGCAUUUCUUUGCUGUAUUCUUUGACAGGCUCUCUCUAGUCAUGGUUUUAAACAUUUUGAAAUCUCACAGUAUCAACUUUGCUGUAGCUUUCUUUUAUGCCUGCUACGUUACUGCAGACACUGUCAUCUGAGCCAUCUGAUUGGCCAGCGGUAGGCUUAUAGUGCACUUGAUCUGCUCUCUGGGCCCGCCGGGAAGGCAGAGUUUGUACCUUCAGACACAUUAAAUGUUUCAAAAUGGCAACAGUUCGCCUACCUGGCGUGCAUGGCAGCUGAAUCGGGUGCCACCUACCAGUAACAGCCCGAGACAAAAAAAAAAAAGGAACACAAGGCUUUAUCGUUGGGUUUUUAAGAGAGAUGUUUGGCAAUCAACUAGGAAUGCCUUGUAGAUGGACCAGUCGUUAGCGAUCGACCGGUUGGUGACCACUGCUCUAGAAAGUUGAGUGAAGUUCAAUCUCGUGCUUCUCUCUGUGGGUUGAUAUUUCUGCGCGGCAGUCCCAGGGGAGAUGCACGUCAGUCUCGGGUCUACUGCGCACACGCAGCUUAGAGGGAACAUUGCUGGUGAGGCAGGCUGCAAUGGAGGAGACACAGAUAGGAUGCAAGCAGAGAGAGGUUAGUAGUACAGUGGUUCCCAAACUUGGGGUCGGGGACUCAUAUGGGGUCCCCUAAAGUUUAAUUUGGGUCCCCUGAGAGAAUCUUUAAUCUUAUCAAACACAUGAAUAACUUGUUUCUCUUCAAAUGGGUAUAGAAUACAACAUUUUAGAUUAAACUAAGGGCUUUUUAUACAGGUGCACUUAAGCAAUACAGAAAACUGAAUUGCAGUGCAGCUCACAUGAGAUACUAAGAACAUGAACGUGAUGUGCAUAUUGUCAUUUUUUACUAUAGAAAAUUACAUUAGGCCUUCCCAAUAGACCUGCAUGAAAUUGCAAUCAAACAAUACAUUUCUAAAAAUGUCUUAUGUUUUGGUUUAUAUUGGUGGUUGUUCGUCUUAACUCGAUCACCCACUGGAGUCAAUAGUUUACCCCUUUAUUUUAACCAUUACGUCCCUUGGUUGCAACCUAUGUGUUGUGAUAAUUGCGUUGUUUGCUCUAUAACCUGUUAGUUCAUAUGCCUUCCCACUAUGAUAUAUAUAGGCCUAAGGCCGAAACUAUAAGAAGACACAGUGGCAGAAUAAAUUCAGCCACACCUUUUUUUCAUCACAAAACCGGAGAGCAACAUCUGUCCGGUGGAGUCCACAAAGCAUAUUGUAUGUAACAAACAGUUACAUGACCUACAGCAUGGUCAAUGAAGUUAAUGUUGCCGACAUUUUCGGAACCACGGCGCGUUACCGCAAGUCCCACACAGAAAACAGGAGCUGCCUCCACUAUUCCAGCACCACUUUUCAACAUCAUGCUUAGUCUAAUACAGUGACAACUAAAAGAUUCCAAAACCGAUUUAGUCCAAUCAACGUAAGAUAUCAUGUGCAAGUCCAUGGUACUGAUUUCUGUGUGUGUGCGUAAGUAGAAAAAACACGCUGACUUACCCUACUUGUAGAGGAACGCAAAUGACAUCCUCAUGUUGCCGAAACGGUUUAUAACUCUCUAAUACAGUACACGCUUUUAGUUUUUGUUGUCCUAGGCUACCUGGCUAAAAUGCUUGCUCGCUAGUCUUCCUUUCAUGGGCAACGUUAGCAAGUUAACAUUAACCUACUACAUCUAGCUACAUAUUGAAAUUCCAUCCUCUCAGGCCAGGGGCACAACAAUGUAUGAAUUUAUGGUUGGAUCAGAAUCGCCGUUAUAAUCAUUGGCCAGUACUUAAAAUGAAGUAAAACCACAAGUCCAAAUCCCUAUAUCCGUGCAUGGCUAAUUUAGGAAAGGUCCAAUUUUAGCUAGCUAGCCACCGGAGGACAACACAACAAGAUGCAACAAUUAGACGUUUGGCUUGAUGUGAUGUGAUUGGUGUGAAGCCAAAUCCAAACUGGCUUCCCUUUACACUUUUUGUUUUGGUGCUCCAGGACCAUUCACAGUUGAGCUCACUCAGUUUAUCGCAACGCUGAUUGGCUAUUAUUGUAUACUUUUUUUAUUUAUUAAGGGAGGCCAAAUUGUUUGUCAUCUGUAGCACCAUGAAAUCAGCCUAAACAAGCUCAAUAACUCAAUGCAUUUGCAUUUGCAUGCACUCCUAUUGAAUAUGCAUUCAUUCACCUGUAUAUUGUGAAUAGGCCAAGGCUACGUCUUGAUUUACCAUUCAAAUAAAUGAUUACCAUUAUGUAGUUAGAUUGGUUAAAUUGAUUGUAUCAUUGACUUAUUAAUGCAUACAUGGUUGUAAAAAAAAAAAAAAAAUGGAUGUAAAAAAAAACAUCUGAUAUUGAAAAUAGCAGUAGUUGAGUUUCUGUCUGUAACAAGUGCCAUUCUGUGACUUUGGCUAAUAUGCCUUUUUUUUUGCUGUGAUAUUGUUUUGGUAUCGAGUAUUGUGAUACUAAACCUGAUAUCAGUAUCUCUAAGUCAAUUUUGGUAUCGUGACAACACUACCUCAGACACCUCCAAAACUUAAGCUAUGCGGGUGUCUGCGAUCGCCAGUAAACACUUGAUCUGAUUGAAUCUAGACCUUAGGCUGUGUUUACAGGCAGCCCAAUUCUGAUCUUUUUUUCACUAAUUGGUAUUUUGAUGAAACAUAUCAGCUCUAAAAAAGAUCUGAUGUGAUUGGUCAACACCAAUUGGUGUAAGAAAUAUCAGAAUUGGGCUGUCUAAACGCAGCCAUAGUUGGUUCAAAAGACCUAAGUAUUUUAGGGGUCAUACAGUAACCUGGGUUGUAUUCACUAGACACCAAACCUUAACUUGUCGAAUAAGAAAUUUUUUUGUUAUGAAACGUUUUCUCUUGCAAAAUGUUUUAAUAUGGUGUCUGGUGUGCACUAAUGAAUACGACCUUGGUAACCUCCCUGAUCAUAGCCCCUAGUAACCUUCCCUCUCUGUCCAAUCAGGUGGGGUUAUCCGUGAGGACAGUGCUUACCAAGUAGCGGCAGUGCCCACCUCCAUGGCCCGGUGCCCGAGGUGCCGCCGGUACACCUCAGACUCUCCAGACUGCCCCUGCCCCCGCUGCCAGACCAUCCUUACCAGGGCGCAGUGACACCGCCGCCCGCACUGUCACCAUGACAACCUGCAAAUGGCCCUCUGACCUGGUCUGUCUGCUUGAACUGACCCCGUACAACCAGGGGUCAACAAAGAAAACACCCUGCUUAGCAAUGCACUGAGAGGGGUAACAGAGCGACAGCCUGACUGUCUGGCAGUUACCUAAACGACAUUACCUACAAUUUUUCAGCUCUUCAACUGACAUUGACUCUGGCAUAUUGUUGCUGCAUGCAGAGUGAGGAUGGAUGGUUUACAAGACAGGCUUCGUAAAACAAAGCACUCAUUUUUAUUUAUUAUUCAUUUGACAAAUAGGAGGGAAUUGUCAUUUGGUAUAAGAGCUAUGCAGUCCUUUUGAGUUCGUACGACACCUCUCCCAAAGAACAGCACACAUCAGUAAGGUUUCAGUGAUGUUUCCUAGAAAGGGAAAUGUAUUGAUACUCCUGGACCUCUCCUAUGAGGCACAGAGUGCAGUAAUAUACCUACUGAGAGAAUCAAGUCAUCGGGUCAGAUUAUUGUGUAUUAAAGGAUGUAUAGGGGAUGGUACAACACUGAGCGCUUUGGUUUUUAGUUUUUAUUCAUGUUUAAUGAUAAUCUGUAUAGUACUCCUAUCCCUGUCCACUUAUACCAAAUCCAUUAAAUAAAGGAUGAUCAGUAAAAUACACUUGGAAGCCAAAUAGGCACAAUAUUCCUAAAAGUCCUCUUUUAAACCAGUGAUUCCUAUACCCUUUGAACUCCAGAAAAAACCAAGGUGUCACUCAGUAGGGUACAAAUGUUACAAAACGUUAUAAAUAUCUGAGUCUGUCAACUUGAAUGGUCUGGAGAGAAUCCCGGGGCGCAUUCAGUUCGAUUCAACGUUUACUACGUUGCGUGGCGGUUUUUACUGAACGUCACGUUUCCCAAAAACAUUGAACAGACUUUGAAGUACGUUUGCUCCAUUUGGUGGGUGUGGGUUGAAGCGAUGAGUGAAGUAUUUAAAGGGCAGUGGUACAUUUAACCCACAACCCAACCUCUCCACGUGUUUCAACAGGUUCAGAACAGCACUGUUGCAGUUUUUUUCCAUACUCAACGCAGCCAUGUACUGCUACCGUUUGGAAAUUACCAUCAUGUAGCUCAGUUGGUAGAGCAUGGCGCUUGCAAAGUCAGGGUUGUGGGUUCAUUUCCCACGGGGGGGCAGUAUGAAAAAAUGUAAGUCGCUCUGGAUAAGAGCGUCUGCUAAAUGACUAAAAAUUUAAAAAAUGACCAGUGUUAACUGUUUAUUCUGCUGUCUGCCCCCAGUGGGGUCCCUCAGCCAGUGUCUAGAUUACAACUACAGAACAGUACAGUGGGUACAGGCAUAGCUAGUAGUACUGCAGCAUGUAUAAAUAACAGGUCUGUUUAUCAUACAUCAUCACUAAUCUGAGGGACAGCUGAGGAGGAAGGGAUGCUUACUGAACAAUCAUAUGGCACACACCCUGCAACCCCCUUUGAGUGGGUCGUUAAGUCUGAGUUAAAAGGGAGUACAGUACAUACAAGGGCUGCUAGGUAUAGCUGAGAGACAAAGUAAAAAUAAUUGACCAGUAGAAAGUGACACAAAUGACAUAUCCAACUCCAUCUAGCCCAUCAUAUCCCCUUCAGAAAUGCAGACUUAAACAUUGAUCAAUCUAAUACAAUAUGUUACUUAUUUGAAUCAGAGUAAGAUGAGUGAGCACUGGAUUGAAUUAAAUAAUUAAAAACCCAUCCUACCCCCCCUCCCUCUUUCAUUUACGCUUAAUUAGAUUCAACACUUUUUCAACUGAACACAUAAGCCUCCCUCUCAUAAAAACAGGGUACCUCUGCUUCCUGUACUGUACAUGAUAGGAAAUUCACCAGUUCACUACCUCUCUCGCUCCGAUCCUGGAUGCUAGCAAGGAAAGCAAGAAGGAAAUUGCAAGAAGCCAUCAAGUUCCCUCUCUUCUACUCUCUCUCUCUGUCCCCUCAGUCCUCCCUCCUCUCCCUCAGUCCUCUCUCCCCACGCCCCCUCUCUCAGUCCUCUCCCUGCAGGUCCUCCACAGCCUCCAGUAGGUGUAGUGCCAGGUUGUACUGGCCGUGGUUCUCAGGUAGAAUCUCUAUGAGGCGGCUCACCAGCCUGCUGGUCUGGCUCAGGGGCACCGACGGGCACCCCAGCUCACUGGGGUCCUGGGGACAACACACACACAGAGAUACACAUGAAUAGCAUCAGUAACCCACACAAAACUAGGUGGUUGAAUUACAGUUACACAAUAUGCUGUUAAUUGGUUAUAGGGUGACACAGAAGACUAGCUGGUCUCACCAUGGCCUUAAGACAGGUGUUAUGAAGGUGCCAUAACGUGGUUAUAGUGUGUAUUCAGGUGGCUGGUAAAUCUCGCUAUAGGCUUGAGACAGAUGCUUUUAAGCAGCUUGAGCCAGGUGUUCUACAGUGGAUAUAACAUGUUAUAAGGUAACACAGAGAUUGGUCUCACCAUAGCCUUGAGCCAGGUGCAGAGUGUGGGGGGGAGGCGUGCCAGCAGCUCCAUGGCGGGCUGGGUCUGGGUCUGGGUGUGGAGCAGGGAGUAGCUAAGCCUCUGGCCUGUUAG